GCAGGCACAGGGGUGCCCCUUCAGUUCUGGGGGCCCCUGUCCAGGCCGCCCUGGCAUCGUUAGUCAUUCCACUGUCGGGUUAGAGCUGCUCUCAGCACCCAGGCAUCGAACAACACAUUCAUUCAAAGCUUUUAUGUGCAUUCAUUUAACAGGCGAGCCCCCAAAAAGGUAUAUGAGGGACCCAUCAGCCGGUUUAACAGGGCUAGUUUUGAUUGAAAUUGUUUCAGUUACUAGUGCCAUUAUAAGAUGUGUUUAUGGUAAUUCCAAAAUGUAUUAUUGUUAUUCAUGUUUUUAUUGUACUGUCUAUGCUUGGGAAUUGCUGUGAGCUGCUCAGAACACUUCAGCUGUUAGGCCGUAUAGAAAUUAAAUGGAUAACGGCAACAACAUCCAGACAGAGAGUUCGGCUGCAGUGCAAAGAAGCUAGUCAACACCUAUUUCAAGGUUGCUUAACUGAGGCUCUACAGAUUCUAGUGAAUUAUUUCUGUGAACCUGUUUUUCCCUGUGAAAAACCCAAGGUGCCUUCCAUAUUCUUCUCUCCAUUUUAUCCGCACUACAGUGCUGUGACAGUCAAUGACUGGCUGAAGGUCACCCCACGAGGUUCGUGUUUGCAUGGGGCCUAGAAUCCAGAUUUCCUGAGUCCCAGUCCAGUGCUGCAGCCACUACACUGCCCUGGUUAUGCUUUUGUUCUGUGUAAACUGGACUGAUCGAAAUGAUCUCCUCCAUCCUUUUUUUAUAGAUUAGAGUUGCUUUUUGAGAUUUGUCUCAGUUUCUGGAAGAAACAGGACACUGGAGCACAUAGGAGUCAGCGGUAGGUUUCAUCAGUUCGGCUGCUGCAGGACAGUUUGGAAGUUCGGCCCUUAUACCUGGGGGGUUGAGCCCCACACAUGCCGAUGAGCGCAGAACACUGGGGCUAAGAAGAAGACUGCGGGAGCCCCAGCGAUGGCAGCUGCAGUCGCCACCAAGACAGCGUGGAAGCUGCAGGAAAUCACUGCCCACAGCAGCAACAUUUCUUCACUCGUGCUGGGCAAAAGCUCAGGCCGGCUGCUGGCGACUGGGGGCGAUGACUGCCGAGUUAACAUCUGGUCCGUCAACAAGCCCAACUGUAUUAUGAGCCUGACAGGCCACACCACACCCGUGGAGAGCGUGAAGAUCAAUGCCAACGAGGAGCUUAUCGUCGCAGGAUCCCAGUCGGGCUGCAUUCGGAUCUGGGAUCUGGAAGCUGCCAAAAUUCUCCGAACUUUAGCGGCCCACAAAGCCAACAUCUGCAGCCUGGAAUUUCACCCUUUCGGAGGCUUUGUCGCUUCGGGGUGCAUGGACACCAACAUCAAGCUUUGGGAUGUGAGAAGAAAAGGCUGUGUCUUCAGGUACAAGGGCCACACACAGGCUGUCAGGUGCCUCCGGUUCAGUCCCGACGGGAAGUGGCUGGCCUCCUCCUCCGAUGAUCACACAGUGAAGAUGUGGGACCUGACCGCUGGGAAGAUCAUGUCCGAGUUCACCGGGCACACUGCGCCAGUGAACGUGGUGGAGUUCCAUCCCAACGAAUACCUCUUGGCCUCGGGUGGCUCUGACAGGUCGAUCCGAUUCUGGGACUUGGAGAAAUUCCAGGUCGUGAGCUGCAUUGAGGAGGACGCCAACCCAGUCCGGUCCAUGCUGUUCAACCCGGACGGCUGCUGCCUCUUCGCCGGCUGCCACGAUUCUCUGCGCAUCUAUGGCUGGGAGCCCGAGCGCUGCUUUGACGUGGUCUCGGUGAACUGGGGCAGAGUGGCUGAUCUGUCGAUCUGCAGCAACCAGCUGAUUGGAGCCUCUUUCACGCAAAGCCUCGUCUCCACAUUCGUCGUGGACCUCAGCCGAGUCCGCAAAAGCGGGCCGGGCCUCCACGGCCUCCUCCGGGACGACCGGCCCCUUGUCCAUCCCUCGCCCGCGGGCUCCUCCCUGCGGCGGAUCUACGAGAGGCCAUCGACCACGUGCAGCAGGCCCCAGAGAAUGAAGCACAGCUCGGAGAGCGAGCGGCGCAGCCCCAGCAGUGAGGAUGACCGGGAGGAGAAGGAGCCGGCCGCGGAGAUCCGGAACCCCGAGGAGUACAAGGAGAUUUUCAAGCCCAAGAACUCCAUCACUCGCACCCCGCCCCACAAGAACGACCCUUUUCCUGCUCCGCCGGAAGACGAUCCUGCGCUUCCCAGCGAAGCCUCCAGGCCGGGCCAAGCCGUGGAUGUGCCGGUGCCGGUGCCAAGCCAGGAGAACCCUGACCCCCUCCCGUGGCCGCCGGUCGCGGCCUCCACCCCCAUGGCCAAGGCGGAGCCAGCCGUGAUCCCAGCUGCGCGGAACGAGCCGAUUGGGCUGAAGGCCGCCGAUUUCCUGCCCGCUGUGAAGAGCCAGAGCUUGGCCGAGGUAGUUGAUGAGGAGGCCAUGUCCCAGAUCCGGAAGGGCCACGAGACCAUGUGCGUGGUGCUGACCAGCCGCCGCAAGAACCUGGACACCGUGAGAGCCGUGUGGAGCACUGGGGACAUCAAGACUUCGGUGGACUCUGCCGUGGCCAUCAAUGACCUCUCCGUCGUGGUGGACCUCCUGAACAUCGUCAACCAGAAGGCGUCUCUGUGGAAGCUGGACCUGUGCACCAUCGUCCUGCCUCAGAUAGAGAAGCUUCUGCAAAGCAAGUAUGAGAGUUACGUCCAGACGGGCUGCACCUCGCUGAAGCUGAUCCUGCAGAGGUUCCUACCGCUGAUCACGGACAUUCUCGCUGCGCCCCCCUCUGUCGGGGUGGACAUCAGCCGGGAGGAAAGGCUCCACAAGUGCCGCCUCUGCUACAAGCAGCUGAAGAACAUCAGCAACGUCAUCAAGAACAAGUCGGGGCUCAGCGGCCGCCACGGCAGCGCCUUCCGGGAGCUGCACCUCCUCAUGGCCGUGCUGGAGUGACGGCGGCUGCGCCUUGCGCACUCACGCACCGCACCCGGGGACCCGGCCCGGGUUUGCCCUUCCAUCCCUCCCUCCGCGGCUCCAGUGCCUUACAGGCCCCAUCGCAAACCAGGGCGCCCGCCUGGCCAUGGCUGUCUGCAGCGGGACUGGGGAACGUGGUGGGGGGAGUCCCGGCGUGGGCGCCGUCUCCUCCCCGGCAGCGGCACGAGCCCCCAGCCUUGUGCUCGGGGGGGGGGGGGCUGAGCUGGUCCGCCGUGGCUGCGCCGCCCUGCGCGUCUUCCCCUGGGCUGGGGACCGUGAGCCAGCUUCCCCCGCCUCUGGUGGGCCUCCCCUCCUUUUCUCCCCCACAGUGGACGUUGCCUCGAGCACGGCGGGACAGGCCGUCCCUUCACUUGUUGAUACGCUGGAGCCCACUGUUCACGGACUGUAACUUAUAACGGAUUUUAUUAAAACAUUUGCAACUUUGCUUUGGCAAAGAUGCCAGAAA